AUCUGUUUAACAAUUUCUCAUUUCUCUCUCUGCUUCUCGCUCCUAUCAAUUCCUGCUCCAUCUCCGGUGACGACGACCACGACAGGGCGAAUAAUGGAUUCUUCUCUCACUUCUCUCAACUCACUCCUGAUUCAUUUCAGAGGUUCCGCGAACUCAUAUUUAUCGGAGUUCGAACCGCUGACUCUGCUUCUUGCGCCGCUCAUCACUCUCCUAGUUGCGCAUGUGGUUCGGUCGUUUUUUGGCGUUAUUCACGAGAAAGGACUGAAGGCGACGGUGCUGGGGGUGUUAAUGAGCUUCGUCAAGUUGAUUCCUGGUGUUCAGAGUUAUAUCGACGCGGAGAAACAGAAGGUUGUUGAUAAGCUACAGUCCAGUACUAAAUCCAAAAGAGAGGGGUGGAGGACAGAGUUGCCAAUCAUUGGCUUAGGAGAUGGAGUUAUAGAGAAAAUGAAUGAUGAGAAAAGGAAAGAUGUUGAUUGGCAAGGAAGAUGCUCUGGUACAGUCUACAUUGGUGGAAAUGAAUCUGGAGGACAUUUUUCUUUGAUCAAUCAGGCAUGUUCAAUGUUCGCACAUACCAAUCCAUUACAUUUAGAUGUAUUCCAAAGUGUGGCACAUUUUGAAGCAGAAGUGGUUGCGAUGACGGCUGCUCUACUUGGCAGUAAACAAAAGGCUUCUGGAGGACAAGUUUGUGGGAACAUGACAUCUGGGGGAACUGAAAGCAUACUAUUAGCUGUAAAAACAUGCCGUGACUAUAUGAGAAACAAGAAGGGAAUUAAAAACCCAGAAAUGAUAAUACCUGUAUCUGCUCACUCAGCAUAUGACAAGGCAGCACAAUAUUUUAACAUCAAGCUGUGGCGUGUUCCUGUUAAUAAAGAAUUUCAGGCAGAUGUCAAAGCAAUAAGGCAACAUAUUAAUAGAAACACAGUCUUGAUUGUUGGAUCUGCACCUGGGUUUCCUCAUGGCAUCAUGGACCCUAUUGUGGAGCUUGGCAAAUUGGCUUAUGGCUCUGGAAUUUGUUUCCAUGUGGACCUCUGUCUUGGUGGCUUUGUGUUACCAUUUGCUCGUAAACUUGGGUAUCCAAUUCCACCUUUUGACUUUACUGUUCAGGGGGUGACUUCAAUUUCAGUGGAUGUGCAUAAAUAUGGGUUGGCUCCCAAAGGAACAAGCGUAGUUUUAUAUAGAAAUCAUGAUAUUAGAAAGGUGAAUGUUGGAUUUACUCUAAUUUAUCUGAGAACAUUGUUUGGUUAUUUGACUAUAUGUCUUGAGUUCAAGUAAGUGAUGAAAUGAUGAAUGUUAAAUUGACAUCUGAUAUGUCUUUCUUAAUUGUAUUUUUCGUAUUUCAAUGAUAUGGUUAAUUUCUAAUUUUUGAUACUCUAUGAAAUUUAUGAACAAAUAUCUGGGACAAAAGAAUGACAGUAAUAGGGUUUUAUAGUGUAGCAUGCUUGUAAAUUUUAUCUAUAGAAAAAAAAUUAUUUAUAUUA